AUGUCGAGUAGUACAAAAACAGCGGUCGAAUCAGCAACAAUUGCACAACAUGGUCCAUGGGCAUCUAUUGGUGAACAUCCAAAUGCACUAACGAAUCGUUUUUAUACAUAUGAACGUGUUCAAGAAAUUGUUGCGUUUAUUCAAGAUAAAGUUUCAACUAAACCUGAAGUAGCUAUCAUAUGUGGUUCUGGUCUUGGUGGUUUAGCUGAAUUAGUUGUCAACAAAAUCGUUAUUCCUUAUGGUGAUAUUCCACAUUUUCCAAAAUCAACAGUUGUUGGUCAUCGUAGCAAUCUUGUAUUUGGAAUAUUGAAUGGAGUUUUUGUUGUUUGUAUGCAAGGUCGAUUUCAUCCUUAUGAAGGAUAUACUACUGCCGCAUGUGCCUUUCCAGUACGAGUGAUGCGUAUGCUUGGAGCACAUACAUUGAUUGUUACUUGUGCUGCUGGUGGUGUCAAUAAAGGUUAUAGUGUUGGUGAUAUAAUGCUAAUUAAAGAUCAUUUAAAUUUUCCAAGUAUGGCUGGUAAUAAUCCACUUAUUGGUCAUAAUGAUGAACGAUUCGGACCACGUUUUCCACCUGUUGGUCAUGCAUAUGAUCGCCAAUAUUUAUCUCAAAUGAAACAAGUUGCUAAAAAGCACAAUCUUGAAUUGCGUGAAGGAAUUUAUUGUGGAUUAGGUGGACCUUGCUAUGAAACGAUAGCAGAAAUCAACAUGCUUAGAUCUCUUGGUGGUGAUGCUGUUGGCAUGUCAAUAGUACAUGAAGUUACAUUAGGAGCUCAUUGUGGCUUCCGUAUACUUGGUCUUGCCUUAAUAACAAAUAAAUGUUUAUCAGAAUAUGAUUCAACAGUUGAAGCACUUCAUGAAGAUGUUAUUCGCAUAAGUGAACUAAAAGCCAAUGUAUUACAACAACUCACAUUGGACUUUGUUGGUGUUAUAAAAGAAAAUCAAAUAUAA